AUGUCUAACGACCGCAAACUGAAGUCCCUCAAGGUGCGGCAGAAGAGCCUUAUUACAUCACUCAACCUUAUCAAGCUAUUCGUCGAUGGAUACGACGAGGAAACCCAGGCCGACGAGGUACCCGUGCGGCUUGAACGUCUUACGAAGCUGUGGGCAGACUACAACGAAGUCCAGAACGAGCUUGAGACCCUAGACGAGGCUGUCCUGGAAACCCUCCUCGAAGAGCGGUCUAAGCUGGAGACCGCCUACUACCGCAUCAAAGGCUUUCUUCUGGCACACAACAAGUCACCGCUCAAUGAAACCCUCUCUCCAAUCAAUCCUGCACCACCACAAUCGCUACCGUCUGCAUCGCAGGUUCGACUACCGGACGUCAAACUCCCGGUGUUCAACGGCAAGCUUGAACACUGGCUAAAUUUCCACGACUUGUUCGUAUCGUUGGUGCACUCGUCCACCGCUCUGUCCAACAUACAGAAAUUCUACUACCUGCGAUCAUCGCUAGCAGACGAGGCCCUACAGUUAGUCCAGUCCAUCUCAAUCAGUGCCAUCAACUACCCGGUGGCAUGGAAUCUCCUGCUGGACCAUUUUCAGAACACCGAUCGGCUGAAGCAGUCAUACGUGGACGCUAUUUUCGAAUUCGCCCCUCUCAAACGCGAAUCUGCCACCGAACUCCAUAGCUUGGUGGAGAAAUUCGAGGCGAAUGUUCGAAUUCUCAAACAGCUUGGAGUACAGACGGAGCAUUGGGACAUCCUUUUGAUACGCAUCCUCAGCACACGCCUAGAUCCAACGACCAGAAGAGAUUGGGAAGAUCAUGCCGCUUCUCAAAACGCCGUUUCCUUCAAGGACCUGACAGCCUUCCUUCAACGACGAGUCACGGUUCUUCAAUCGAUCCAACCGUCCAAGCCCACCGACGCUCAGCCAACCAGCCUAUCGAAAAAACCUGGUCAGCGGCCGGUCUCGAGCCACGGAGCUAAUCAGGCUGCAACGAUUCCACGAAAAUGUAUCAUCUGUUCUGGCCACCAUCCGCUCUACCUCUGCGAAGCCUUCUCGAAGCUGUCUACCGACCAAAAGGAGGUCGAAAAAAUGCCGAGGACGACAGCACACCCAGCUCUGCACGAAUCUCCGAUUCGUCGAAAUCGCAGUCCACCGAACUCCAUCAAUCAAAUUCGACGACAUCACCAGCGAAACCAUGAACCAUCUACCUCUGCAUCCGCUACGAUCACCGAAACUGUAAGUUGCGCUUCUGCAGGCGACCCACAGAAGACAAUUAUCCUCGCUACUGCGGUCAUCAACAUCAUCGACGACGACGGCGUGAAGCACGUCGCCCGUGCGCUCCUUGACUCCGGGAGCGAAUGCUGCUUCAUCACUGAACGCUUGUCCCACCGCAUCAAGGCUCAUCGAAAGAACAUUCACCUCCCUAUCACCGGCAUCGGCCAAGCAUCCACCCAUGCGAAGCAGAAAUUCCUCACUCGCAUUCGUUCUCGAGUUGGCGAGUACUCCACCAACGUCGAGUUCCUCGUUCUGCCAAGCGUAACCAUCGACCUACCAGCGACAUCAGUCGACACUUCGGCCUGGGACAUGCCACCCGGCAUUCAUCUGGCAGACCCUACAUUCGCCGACACCAACCCAGUAGACGUCAUUAUAGGAGCCGAAAUCUUCUUUGAGCUCUUCCGUGUUCCUGGGCGAAUUGCUCUUGGCCAUAACCAACCAGUGCUCGUCAAUUCCGUCUUCGGCUGGGUGGUAUCGGGAAGAUCAACAACCCGUCCAUCAACUCCUAUCGUCGCUCAUUUAGCCACCAUCACAGCGUACUCAACCGGCCUACCGGAGAAUCUAUCUUCAACUCCCAAAAUGUCCAACGCAAUUCCAGUUACCAACCAACUUCAGCAAUCAUUCGGCUCAGCUCGUCAAACAACCUCUAGAGGAAAUGAUCCACCAACAGUCCAACACGGAAUUCUAAAUCAACACACCUCAUCUCUGGCCAGCACCCAUGCCGUCAAUAAAGCCCAUUCAUCGAUACACGCUCGAAAUCAUCUAUCAACUACCGACACGUCAAUUAACCAGCUCGCCAUUCAUCGAAGAAUACCACAACGAACAUCACAUCGCAUCGUACAAAGUGUGUACGACUUCCCGUCGGCUAAAUGGAAGAGCACAAGGAACCCAUCAACCACCCUUCGUAAGCCGCCUAUGCAGACCACCUUCGCAUCUCACCAUCGGAUUCUUAACAACAAUGAUCGAAUCAUCGCCGAACACUGUGCUUAUCGAAAGAUCGAACCACCAGCAUCAGCCCUCGGAUUGCAUCUCAACGUUCAUUGUGCAGAACCCUCCAUCGACUUCUGUUCUCUAAUGAGCGCUGAUCGAUCAAAAACCAGAUGCAAGUCAGCCAGCUUCUUCGCUUCAUUCACCAAAGCCACGAAUACUGUCUCUUCUGUUUCUACAAACGAGGCCUACCCAACGAGUCGACGCAAUUGGUACCAACUGGAACGUUUUCGAUUGCCCAAAUUUCCUCAACAAGGGCAUUCGUUCACAGGGGCCAGAAAGUUCAUUCACCAACUAAACAAUUCCAACGGACGUCGUAGUACACCAUCGUUGAAUGAUCAAGAAUCCAGCAUCGACAAAUUAGUCCGCCUCUUUCGGAAGCAAUUCAAGAAAAAGCGAACAUCCAGCACAACUUUCUACUCGCCAACGAAUCCUCCCUCUGCCACUCUGGCAGGGAAUCAGCUAAUCGAAACCGCAAGUGGACACCAAUCUUUCGCCAAGACAUCGACCAUGAAUCCAGAAGCAGAACCUAAAAUGAAAAAUACAAGGCCUUCUAUUAUGAAGGACAAGCGUCUAACCAAUUCGACAACCGACCAAAACAAAUCGUCCGUGGAGUGAGUAUGCAAGUCAUCGUCCGUCACCAAUCAACUAUCAAAAGAGGAGAUAGAAAGCGAAUAUCGAACAUGGCGGGUUAUGACAGAAACGCUGUUUCUGAGGGGCCAGUAUGUUCGUGUAUACCCUACAUUACACGAAAAGAGAAGUUCGCCACCUAUAUCUCA